UGAUUUAUUGUCUAUAGAUUUGCAAACUUUAAGCAUCCGAAUGACGUCCUCUUGAUUUUUAACCCAAUACUAACAAUCCUAAAACAUGUUUCCAACUGGAGUGUCUCAUAUGUCCCGUUUAAAGCUAAGAGAGUUACAAAUAAUAAAGUAUCAGACAUUGAGUGUGUCACAUACUCAUACCUGAUAAUGCAGUAUUUUUUAGUCAUUCAACUUCAAAGCAAUAAUCUCUUUUUUUUGGUCUACAAAACAAUAACAAUUAAAACAAGCAAGACUUUCAACAAUAUAGGAAAGAGAAAUAGCAGAAGCAACUACACUGAACCCCCUUCAUCAUUUUCUUCUCACAAUCACAAUGUUCUCAUUGAAUGGUACCACUUUUACGAACAAUUCGUUAGGUGGGAUUUCAAAAUGUUUGACUUAGUCAAAGAAAAUGGUGUCAGUUCCUAUGGUGGUCGUGAGCUCAAAUGGAAGAGGUGCAGAUGGGAUGUAAGUGUUUUAAUGGAGAAUAAUUUGAAGGAAAUAAAGGAAAGUGUUGCAGUAAUAGACAAAGAUUCUAAAUCUACGGUCACUGGUGGAGUUGGGGAUGUGUACGGCGAGGAAAGUGCCUCUGAAGAUCAAGCCAUUACCCCUUGGACCUUCUCUGUUGCUAGGUUCAAAAAUUGUUUUUUUUUUUUUGUUUCCAAUUUGUGUUGAUUUUCUGAAUUAAGUAUUACAAUCUGUUAAAGAAUGUUUUUUCUUUUUGUCCUGGUUGGUUCUUGUUUGUUUUAUUUUUUAAAAACUAUUGACACAUGAUGAUAGUACUUUUUUGUAAAAAAAUAUUUUUGUGUAUAUAUGGUAGAUGUUAAACCCCUCUUU